UCCAUUUAGCUUCGAUAUGUACGACGUGGCUAAAUCGUCGCCGCAGAUUACAACCUCCAAUAGACGACGAUUUCUCGUUCCAACUCUUGGGAGUUGGGACAUUGUUUUCGUCAAGCUCUGUGCAAGGAAAAUACAGCUGAUUUGAGUCCAUCCCGUCGGAUUUAGCAGUUUUAGGAAACUCGAGUGAGAAUGAUGCCUAGGUGGGGUAGAGCUUUGAUCCAGUUAAGUAGGGUUAGUAAUUUUCAGAAAAAUGCUGACUUUGUGAGGAGGGAUUUGUAUGCUUGUUCGUUUCGUAACUAUGCAAAGGUUGCGGCUACUAAUGUGGAGCCAAGUGUUAAGUCUGAUACCACUAAGCCUGAGUACACUCUUGGAUACGAGGAAUUCCAUUGUACCCGAAAUUCUGGGUUGUGGGAUAUGGUAAACUUAUCCUGUGCCUCAAUCAGAUACAAGGUGAACCUUAACAAGAUGUUCUGGUCCAAGCCAUGUUCAAUAGCACUAGCGCCUGAUUCGCCAAGUAGGAUCGAAGAACCACAAUAUGAGGGCAUGAAGCGAUUAAUCCUUAAGUUGAUGCUAUUCUACAGCAAACAAAGCCAGCACAUCCGUUGGGCUAAUGCUAUUUACAGCCGUGUGACAUAUCAAGUUGAUAGACCGGCUAUAUAUGACGUGUUUAGCUUGGAGACGACAUUCAGAACAACAUUUUCAUUGCUUGUGCUCCAUAUGUGGCUUUGUCUACGUCGUCUCAAGGAAGAAGGAAAAGAAGGUGUUGAGUUGGGGCAGUACAUAUAUGAGAUAUUUAAUCAUGAUCUGGAACUGAGGGUGUCUAAGGCUGGGGUAAAUUUACUGCUUACCAAAUGGAUGAAGGAGUUAGAGAAGAUAUUCUAUGGAAAUAUUGUUGCUUAUGAUACUGCCAUUGGGAAUCAGGAUGAACUGCAAAAUGUUAUUUGGAGAUUCCCCCAACUCCAGACCGCAAUGACAAGGUAUGUUCGUCGAGAAGCAAGCUGUCUAUCAUUAACAGAUAAAGAAGCCAUAUUAUCCGGAAACUUCAUGUUCACAUCAUUGGAGGAUUCAAGUGCCAAUACAGUGAAGAAGUAGGUGCAAAGGUUUAGCAGGUCAUGUGUUAAUUAGUCGUUUUGCGAAUACAUUGCACAAUUUACCAUGAACAAAGUGCACUACAGUACCUCAAUAGUACGUUCUGCAAAGAAAUGAAUGUCUGCCCGAGUGCACGUUAAAAAUGUUUCUGGAACUUUACCCAAUCGGCUUAUGUUGCUUUUGUUUGGAUUGAGAGCUAUAUGGCUGUGUUGAUCUCUGCUGAUGUCAAGUUGUUCCAGUAGACGUUUAUGGAUGUGCUGUUUUCUGAAGCAGCAAAUUGUGAUGUUCACUUGCACUCUCAGUAAUUUUUUCAUUUUUUAAGCACAAUAUUAUAUUUUUUCAUACAUAAAAUGAAAAAAAUUACUGUGUUUUGAAAAACUAUACAUUUCCAGUGCACUUUCUUUUUCUUUUACUGAUGUACAGAUGCUUCUUUACUAGUUUAGAAUUGGAGCAAAAUUUGUUUUGGUCCUAAAAUUUGACGUCAUAAAUUAGUACUUUAAUAUGUUCCUCA